GAUACCAAAUGCUUAUAUCAUCCCCACCAAGAUAUUGCUUUAAUAUGCUCAACUUGUCCAAAUAACACUCCUGUAUGUAUUGGUUGUAUUACUGGUAUUCACUAUGGCCAUAAUUUUAUAAGCAUUGAAGAUGAUAAUGUUAGAAAUCAAAUACAACAAGAGUUUAAAAAUCAAACAAUACCAAAACUAAACCACUAUUUAGAAAAUAAUAAAAAAAUAUUGAAUGAAUCAAACAAUCACUUUAAACAAAUUAAAGAAAACAAUAAUAAUAAUUUUUAUAAAACUUUUAAAAUAUUUAAGGAAUUAAAAGAAAUUAUCAAUUCAAAAGAAAAUGAUAUCAAAAGAUUAUUAACAACUAAAUUUGACGAAAAUACAGAAGUAAAUAAUAUUAUAUCAACAACAAUAGAAAACAAUAAUAAUAUAAUUAAUAAUGCUAUUAAAUAUAAUAAUGAUGUUAAUAAUAAUAAUAAUGAUAAUAAUAAUAAUAAUAAUAAUAAAAAU